CCCGGCGGCGGCGCGGGGGGCCCCCCGCGGGGUCCGGCCUGGCGGAGCGCGCGCGUCGCCCCCGCGCCUCGACCCCCCGGACGACCCCCGCGCGGCGGCCCGGCCCGGCCCAGGCCCAGGGCCCCCUGCCCGGCGCUGACAUGGCCGAGUGCCCCUCCCCGCCCUCCUGCACGGCGGCCCCCACGGCCGAGCCCGGGAUCACGGAGCAGCCGGGGCCCAGGAGCCCCCCUCCGACCCCGCCGGGCCCCGAGGAGCCCCUGGAUGGAGCCAACGCGGACCCCGACGUCCCACACCCGGACCUGGCACCCGUGGCUUUCUUCUGCCUGCGACAGACCACCAGCCCCCGGAACUGGUGCAUCAAGAUGGUGUGUAACCCGUGGUUUGAAUGCGUCAGCAUGAUGGUGAUCCUGCUGAACUGCGUGACGCUCGGCAUGUACCAGCCUUGUGACGACAUGGACUGCCUGUCGGACCGCUGCAAGAUCCUGCAGGUCUUUGACGACUUCAUCUUCAUCUUCUUCGCCAUGGAGAUGGUGCUGAAGAUGGUGGCCUUGGGCAUCUUCGGCAAAAAGUGCUACCUGGGCGACACUUGGAACCGGCUGGACUUCUUCAUCGUCAUGGCGGGGAUGGUCGAAUACUCCCUGGACCUGCAGAACAUCAACCUGUCCGCCAUCCGCACCGUGCGAGUCCUGCGGCCACUCAAAGCCAUCAACCGCGUGCCCAGCAUGCGGGUCCUGGUGAACCUACUCUUGGACACUCUGCCCAUGCUGGGCAACGUCCUCCUGCUCUGCUUCUUCGUCUUCUUCAUCUUCGGCAUCAUCGGCGUGCAGCUGUGGGCCGGGUUGCUGCGGAACCGCUGCUUCCUGGAGGAGAACUUCACCAUACACGGGGACGUGGCACUACCCCCGUACUACCAGCCGGAGGAGGACGACGAGACACCCUUCAUCUGCUCCCUGUCGGGGGACAACGGCAUCAUGGGCUGCCACGAGAUCCCGCCGCUGCGGGAGCAGGGCCGCGAGUGCUGCCUGUCCAAGGACGACGUCUACGACUUCGGGCCGGGCCGGCAGGACCUCAACGCCAGCGGGCUCUGUGUCAACUGGAACCGCUACUACAACGUGUGCCGCACGGGCAGUGCCAACCCCCACAAGGGCGCCAUCAACUUCGACAACAUCGGCUACGCCUGGAUCGUCAUCUUCCAGGUGAUCACGCUGGAGGGCUGGGUGGAGAUCAUGUACUACGUGAUGGACGCACACUCCUUCUAUAACUUCAUCUACUUCAUCCUGCUUAUCAUCGUGGGCUCCUUCUUCAUGAUCAACCUGUGCCUGGUGGUCAUCGCCACGCAGUUCUCGGAGACGAAGCAACGCGAGCACCGGCUGAUGCUGGAGCAGCGGCGCCGCUACCUGUCGUCCAGCACGGUGGCCAGCUACGCGGAGCCCGGCGACUGCUACGAGGAGCUCUUCCAGUACGCCUGCCACAUCCUGCGCAAGGCCAAGCGCCGCGCCCUGGGCCUCUACCAGGCCGUGCAGCGGCGGCGCCAGGCCGCGGGCCCGGGUCCCGCCGCCAAGCCCGGCCCCGCCGCCAAGGAGCCUCGGCAUUACAAGCUCUGCCCGCGUCACAGCCCCCUGGACCCCACGCCCCACACCGUGCUGCAGCCCCUCUCGGCCGUGCUGGCCGCCGACCCCGCCAGCUGCCCCCGUUGCCGGCACGACAUGGGCCCCGGCAGCCCCGACUCGGGCCGGGAGGGCUCUGGGAGCUCCCGGGCCGGUGCGGAGGACGACGAUGACGAGGCGGACGGCGGCGACGGUGGCCGGAGCAGCGAGGACGACGGAGGGUCCUCGGGGCCCGGGAAGGAGGACGAGGAGGAGCCGGCGGACGGGCCGGCCAGGCUGUGCGGGCGUGUGUGGCGGGAGAUGCGGGCCAAGCUGCGCGGCAUCGUGGACAGCAAGUACUUCAGCCGCGGCAUCAUGACGGCCAUCCUGGUCAACACGCUCAGCAUGGGCAUCGAGCACCACGAGCAGCCUGAGGAGCUGACCAACAUCCUGGAGAUCUGCAACGUGGUCUUCACCAGCAUGUUCUCCCUGGAGAUGCUCCUGAAGCUGGCGGCCUUCGGCCUCUUCGACUACCUGCGGAACCCCUACAACAUCUUCGACAGCGUCAUCGUGGUCAUCAGCGUGUGGGAGAUCGUGGGGCAGGCGGACGGCGGCCUCUCGGUGCUGCGGACCUUCCGGCUGCUGCGGGUGCUCAAGCUGGUGCGCUUCAUGCCCGCGCUGCGGCGCCAGCUGGUGGUGCUGAUGAAGACCAUGGACAACGUGGCCACCUUCUGCAUGCUGCUCAUGCUCUUCAUCUUCAUCUUCAGCAUCCUCGGGAUGCACAUCUUUGGCUGCAAAUUCAGCCUCCGCACGGACACGGGCGACACGGUCCCCGACCGGAAGAACUUUGACUCCCUGCUCUGGGCCAUCGUCACCGUGUUCCAGAUCCUCACCCAGGAGGACUGGAAUGUGGUCCUCUACAAUGGCAUGGCCUCCACCUCCCCUUGGGCCUCCCUCUACUUUGUGGCUCUCAUGACCUUCGGCAACUACGUGCUCUUCAACCUGCUGGUGGCCAUCCUGGUGGAGGGCUUCCAGGCGGAGGGUGACGCCAACCGGUCCUACUCGGAUGAGGACCAGAGCUCGUCCAACAUGGAGGACCUGGAGAAGUUUCAGGAGGGCCUGGAGGCUGGAGAUCCCAAGCUCUGUCCCAUCCCCAUGACCCCCAAUGGGCACCUGGACCCCAGUCUCCCUCUGGGUGGACAACUCGGCCCUCCUGGGGCAGCUGCCCCCGCCCCCCGCCUCUCGCUGCAGCCAGACCCGGUGCUGAUGGCCUUGGGCUCCCGCAAGAGCAGUGUCAUGUCUCUGGGCAGGCUCAGCGCCGACCAGCGCUCCCUGUCCAGCUCCCGGAGCUCCUACUACGGGCCGUGGGGCCGCAGCGGGGCCUGGGCCAGCCGCCGCUCCAGCUGGAACAGCCUCAAGCACAAGCCGCCCUCGGCCGAGCACGAGUCCCUGCUGUCCGCCGAGCGCGGCGCGGCGCGGGCGGGCGAGGGGCCCCGGGAGGAGGGGCCGGCCCGGGCCGCGCCCCCGCACGCCCCGCACGCGCACCACGUCGCGCACCACGGCGCGCACCCCGCGCACCGGCACCGCCACCACCGCCGGACGCUGUCGCUGGACACCAGGGACUCGGUGGACCUGGCCGAGCUGGGGCCGGCCGCGGGCGCGCAUCACCGGGCGGCCUGGAGGGCGGCGGGGCCGGGGCCGGGCCACGAGGACUGCAACGGCAGGAUGCCCAGUAUCGCCAAGGACGUUUUCACCAAGAUGGGUGACCGGCAUGACCGUGGGGACGACGAGGAGAUUGACUAUACCCUUUGCUUCCGAGUCCGCAAGAUGAUUGACGUCUACAAGCCGGACUGGUGUGAGAUCCGCGAGGACUGGUCGGUCUAUCUCUUCUCCCCCGAGAACAGGUUCCGCGUCCUGUGUCAGACCAUCAUCGCCCACAAACUCUUUGACUAUGUGGUCCUGGCCUUCAUCUUCCUCAACUGCAUCACCAUCGCCCUGGAACGGCCCCAGAUCGAGGCUGGCAGCACCGAGCGCAUCUUCCUCACUGUGUCCAACUACAUCUUCACGGCUAUCUUCGUGGGCGAGAUGACCCUGAAGGUGGUCUCGCUCGGCCUGUACUUUGGGGAGCAGGCUUACCUGCGCAGCAGCUGGAAUGUGCUGGACGGCUUCCUCGUCUUCGUGUCCAUCAUCGACAUUGUGGUGUCCGUGGCCUCUGCUGGGGGAGCUAAGAUCCUGGGCGUCCUCCGGGUCCUGCGGCUCCUGCGCACCCUACGACCCCUGCGAGUCAUCAGCCGGGCGCCCGGGCUCAAGCUGGUGGUGGAGACGCUCAUCUCCUCCCUCAAGCCCAUCGGCAACAUCGUGCUCAUCUGCUGCGCCUUCUUCAUCAUCUUCGGCAUCCUGGGGGUGCAGCUCUUCAAGGGCAAGUUCUACCACUGCCUGGGCGUGGACACCCGCAACAUCACCAACCGCUCUGAUUGCGUGGCCGCCAACUACCGCUGGGUCCAUCACAAGUACAACUUCGACAACCUGGGCCAGGCCCUGAUGUCCCUCUUCGUCCUGGCAUCCAAGGACGGCUGGGUGAACAUCAUGUACAACGGGCUGGACGCUGUCGCUGUGGACCAGCAGCCGGUGCCCAACCACAACCCCUGGAUGCUGCUCUACUUCAUCUCCUUCCUGCUCAUCGUCAGCUUCUUCGUGCUCAACAUGUUCGUGGGCGUGGUGGUGGAGAACUUCCACAAGUGCCGGCAGCACCAGGAGGCCGAGGAGGCGCGGCGGCGGGAGGAGAAGCGGCUGCGGCGGCUGGAGAAGAAGCGCCGGAAGGCCCAGCGGCUGCCCUACUAUGCCACCUACUGCCCCACCCGGCUGCUCAUCCACUCCAUGUGCACCAGCCACUACCUGGACAUCUUCAUCACCUUCAUCAUCUGCCUCAACGUGGUCACCAUGUCGCUGGAGCACUACAACCAGCCCACGUCCCUGGAGACGGCCCUCAAGUACUGCAAUUACCUGUUCACCACGGUCUUCGUGCUGGAGGCGGUGCUGAAGUUGGUGGCCUUCGGUCUCAGGCGUUUCUUCAAGGACCGGUGGAACCAGCUGGACCUGGCCAUUGUGCUGCUGUCGGUCAUGGGCAUCACGCUGGAGGAGAUCGAGAUCAACGCGGCGCUGCCCAUCAACCCCACCAUCAUCCGCAUCAUGAGGGUGCUGCGCAUCGCGAGGGUGCUGAAGCUGCUGAAGAUGGCCACGGGCAUGCGGGCGCUGUUGGACACGGUGGUGCAGGCGCUGCCCCAGGUGGGUAACCUGGGCCUGCUCUUCAUGCUGCUCUUCUUCAUCUACGCUGCCCUGGGGGUGGAGCUCUUUGGGAAGCUGGUCUGUAACGACGAGAACCCGUGCGAGGGCAUGAGCCGGCAUGCCACCUUCGAGAACUUCGGCAUGGCCUUCCUCACGCUCUUCCAGGUGUCCACCGGCGACAACUGGAAUGGGAUCAUGAAGGACACGCUGCGGGACUGCACCCACGACGAGCGCAGCUGCCUGAGCAGCCUGCAGUUCGUGUCGCCGCUCUACUUCGUCAGCUUCGUGCUCACGGCCCAGUUCGUGCUCAUCAACGUGGUGGUGGCCGUGCUCAUGAAGCACCUGGACGACAGCAACAAGGAGGCCCAGGAGGACGCCGAGAUGGACGCCGAGCUGGAGCUGGAGCUGGCCCACGGCCUGGGCCCCGGCCCGCGGCCCCCCGCCGGCUCGCCAGGGGCCCCCGGCCGAGGGCCCGGAGGGGCGGGCGGCGGGGGCGACCCCGAGGGCCGCCUGUGCCGGCGCUGCUACUCUCCAGCCCAGGAGAACCUGUGGCUGGACAGCGUCUCUUUAAUCAUCAAGGACUCCUUGGAGGGGGAGCUGACCAUCAUUGACAACCUGUCGGGCUCCAUCUUCCACCAUUACUCCUCACCGGCCGGCUGCGACAAGUGUCACCACGACAAGCAGGAGGUGCAGCUGGCGGAGACAGAGGCCUUCUCCCUGAACUCUGACCGCUCUUCCUCCAUCCUGCUGGGUGACGACCUGAGUCUUGAGGACCCCCUGGCCUGCCCUGCUGGCCCUAAAGACUCCAAGGGUGAGCCAGAGCCCACGCGAACAGGAGACCCCGGUGAGUGCGUCUUCCCCCUGCCCAACACAGCUGCAUCCUCGGACCGCGAGAGCUGCCUGUGUGAGAUGGAGCCCGUCCCACUCAACCCUGUCCGUGCCUGGCUGAAGCAGGAGAGCAGCCACGCCGCGCCCCCGAGCCCCUUCUCCCCGGAUGCCUCCAGCACCCUCCUGUCGAUGCCGGCCGAGUUCUUCCACCCAGCCGUGUCCGCCAGCCAGAAGGGGCAGGAGAAGGGGGCCAGCCCCGGGGCCCUCCCCAAAAUUGCACUGCAGGGUUCCUGGGCCUCGCUCCGGUCCCCCAGCGUCAACUGCACCCUCCUCCGGCAGGCCACCGGGAGCGACACCUCGCUGGAGGCCAGCGCCAGCAGCUCGGCGGGCAGCCUGCAGGCCACGCUGGAGGACAGCCUGACGCUGAGCGACAGUCCCCGGCGCGCGCUGGGACCCCCGGCCGGACCCUCGCCGUCGGGGGCGCGGCGGCCCAGCCUGCGGGGCCGCGGGGGCGCGUGCCGGCUGCGGGGUCUGCGCGGCCACCAGCGCAGCUACAGCAGCGGCGGCUCCACCAGCCCGGGGGGCUGCGCGCGCCGCGACUCCCUGGACCCGUCGGACGAGGAGGGCGCGGGCCGCGCGCCGGGGGUCGCCGAGCCCCCCGAGCCGCUCAGCAGCCUGUCGCUCACGUCGCUCUUCUGCCCGGCGCCGCCGCCGCCGCCGCCGCCCCGCAGGGUCAGCAGCAGCGGCCGCCUGGCCCCGGGGCCCCGCGCCGCGCCCACCCUGGCCCGCAGCCCCUCGUGGGCCGCCGCGCGCACCAAGGACCCGGCCCGCGCCGACCCGCCGCCCGGGGGUCCCGGCGAGGGCUGCAGCGGCCGCAGCAAGAGAUGAGGCCGGGGGCGCGCGCGCCUCCCACUUGCUUUACCUCAGGAGCCGGGCAGACAGCAAUACUCCCCAGCGGCCCGCAG